UCUUGACCCAACGACGACAGACGCCACCGCUCCAGCUGCUGACUCGGCGAACAAUUUCCACCACACUACUCGACCAACAAUCCUUUGCCACAGCAUUGAUCGGACGACAUCCUUGCAUCCAAGCCGCAUCACUUUAGCAACCUCCUUUCUGUCAGAAGGUUUCACUCUGCGUCAAGGAACCAAGAUUCCCCACAAUGUCAAGCUCCUCAGGACUAUCCUUCGCUGGCGAAAGCCUCUUGUUUAUCGGCGGAUUGGGCGGAAUGACCUUCUUGGGAGUCUUCGGCAUCGCAGCAUUGGGUGCGUGGGCGGAAGGAAUGCAGGAGGGUAAAGACUUCGAGGGAGAGCGACGUUCCAGAUCCCAUUUUGCGCCACAAGUUCCUGGGCAAUGUCCCUUGAUGCCGAGUCUAGACUUCGGCAAUAAUCUGGCAGGAAUGUGUCGGAGAUGUGGAAGUAGUGGAGGCAGUGCGAUUCCACCGACGAGUACAUUCUCGAGUUCCUCGACGACAGCUUGGACUUUUGGUAUGAGAGCCUAUGAAGGCUUCGGACAGGGUGCGAGAAGCUCACAGCGGGAAAGAGUGCAGGCAAUGGCUGAUGGCGAGCUUUUUGAUCUUAUGGAGGAAAUCGUGCAAGAGUCGAGGAGAAGACGGACUGCGGCGCGCCAGUGAUUUGGCUGUCCAUAAACAGCGUGGGAGAAACGACGACUCGUUCAUGGCAGUUGUGCAGUUGAUAUGGACGAUGUAUGCUGAGACAUGUGGGAAAGUUGCAUCCCGCUGCGGUGAAGGCGACGAACAAGUUGCUUGCUAUUUGUCAUUAGCUGUGUACUCCAAGUAGUCAUCACUUGUCUCACCUCUGAUUGCCGAACCCAAUUCACCAGGAGAAAGGGGGCUUGAGAAAGAUAGUUGAAGCAUUGAAU